CUCAACCCAGCCGCCAGCUAUUCUUCCGUCGUCGGAGCUCCUACUGCUGUCGUUCUUCACCAACUCGACUUGAAUCAAGUUGUUCUUCAAAAUGCAGGAUACAAUAUGCGAGAACGUCAGCCUACAUUUUAAAUUUGAAGGACGCAUGUAUAGUAUAAUGUUCAAGAGGAAUAUAACAUUGUUGAUGUUAAAAGCAAGGAUACAAAGGAAGAUUGGGUUUGUUGAAAGUAACGUUCAGUUGCAGCUGAGCUACAAGCCACUACUGGUAGAAACAGUUGAGCAUUGUGAGCUUAAUGAUGAUGAGGAUGUUAAUGUUUAUCUAGACUCUGUUAAUUAUGAGAAGCGAAGAUGUAUGUUGUUUGUGAAUGUCAUCCCUUCUGAGCCUCAGCCUGAGCAAGUUCCCAUAGCGCCCACAGUGCCCACAAUGCCCAUAGUGGACCAAAGUUCUGUCGGUAUGAACUUUGAAAACCAACAUGCGAAGGAUGGUGAAAUCGGACCUAACGCCAUUGUUGUCUACGUAGGCAAAGAAAAGGCUGUAGAGGGUGAUUCUAAUAAAGAGGGUGAAGCUGAAUCACGUGAUGAAGGUGAUGAAUAUACUGAGCCACGCCCUGUUGUAGAACCGGGUAAGUAUAUUGAACCAUGGGAUGACGGUUUGGAUCUGACUAAACUUCAAGAAUUUCCAAACAAGAAGGCAUUGCAAGAUGUGGUGGAUAGAGCUUCAUUCGCUAACUGUUUUAGUUUUGAAAUAGUAAAGUCGGACAAGGUGCGUUAUGUGGUCAAAUGUCCUAAAGAAGGAUGUAACUGGGGUUUACGAGGUGGUAGGAUUCGAGAUACAGAUAUUUUCUCGAUUAGAAGGCACAACAAGAUGCAUACAUGCUCUCGGGCUAGUCAAAGUUCAAGCAACAGUAAGAGACAAGGCACUCCAAAAUUAGUUGCUUCUCUUUUACAUGGUGAUUAUCCAGGGCAAAUGGAAACUCCACCUCCGAAAAUUAUCAUGGAUCUUGUCAAGACAAAAUUAGGUGUUGAUAUAUCAUAUUCCACGGCGUUGAGAGGGAAAAAUCAAGCUGUUACUGAUUUGAAAGGUAGCCCAGAAGAAAGCUACAAGAUGCUGCGAUGUUAUCUGCACAUGUUAGAGAAGGUUAAUCAUGGUACAAGAUCAUAUGUGCAUUGCAAUGAGAAUAAUAAAUUCAUGAACUUGUUCAUAGCUUUGGGAGCUAGCAAUGAAGGAUUUAAAGUCAUGAGGAAAGUUAUAACUAUGGAUGCAACUUUUCUAAAGAACGGAUAUAAGGGUGUUCUUAUGUUGAAAACCGUUGUUGGGGAUUCUUCUGAAAUAGUAUUUAUGACUGACAGAAAUACAAGUCUCAUUACUGCCAUAGCUAAUGUGUAUCCUCUAGCUCAUCAUGGUUUUUGUAUAUGGCAUUUAUCCCAAAAUGUGAAAGGUUAUGCUCGUAACGUCAACAAAGACGUUGUUGCAUGGAGAUUCAUGGAGUGUAGUAGGUUUUACACAGUGGCUGAGUUCAACAUUGCUUACGCUUCUUUUACGACAAGAUAUCCUUCUGCUGCCAAGUAUCUUGAAGAAUCUACCCAGAAAGAAAGAUGGGCAAGAUGUGUUUUUCCAGGAGAUAGAUACAACCUAGACACAAGCAACUGUGUUGAAUCGUUGAACAUCGUAUUUAAAGAUGCAAGGAGGUACUCCUUGAUACCCAUGCUUGAUGCAAUACUUAAAAAAUUCUCUGAAUGGUUUAAUGAACAUCGGAAAGAUGUUGUGUCUGGAUCAGUCGCAAAUAAAUUGGUGCCUUUAGUGGAGAACUACUUACAUGAUUUAUGGGCAACUGCUGAGAAACUAAAGGUGAUAGAGCUAAAUGGUUUCGAACUUGAAUACAAUGUCAUUGACAGUGACGGAAAGCCUUAUUUGGUGAAGUUGCGAUUGAGAAGUUGCAGUUGCAGGUUUUUCGAUAUACAAAAGUAUCCUUGUGUGCAUGCAUUGGCGUCUUUCAUUACAUUCCAAAAAUAUGGAGGUAAGGAUAUCGAGUUACAUGAGUUGUGUUCUAAGUAUUAUUGGACGGAGCUGUGGGCAAUUGCAUAUUGCAGGACAAUUUAUUUAGUACCUGAUAAGUCUCGAUGGGAUGUCCUGGAUGAAGUCCAAGAUAUGCAGAUCAUGCCUCCGAAUCGGAAAAUAAAAGGGGGAAGAAAGAAAACAAAAAGGUAUGCAUCUGCUGGAGAAAAACGACCAAAGACUCGACCUAGGACGCAGAAUAAAAGGCGCCGGAGACAAGGACUCCAAUGGUUGUUAUUUGGAGAUAAUGUUCAUGUUUGA